AUGGACGCCGCGCCGCAGAUUCCGUACAUCAUCUUCCUCGGCUGCACCUGUUGGGACUGUAAAGAGUGGUGUGAAACCCUCGAAAUACUUAAACAACAUCAGCUGAAGCAUAAAGAAGGUAGAAAAAGGGAAUACAAAAAAUUUGUGAUACGCGAUGGGAUCAAAGCCUACACCUGUGACGAGUGCGGGAAAAGUUUUGGUAGACGUAGUUAUUGCAACGAACACAAACUCAUUCAUAAAGGGGAGUGGCCGUACAGUUGCCAGGUCUGCGGCCGGAAAUUCAGAGCGGCCUCGGCUAUGAACUACCACAUGAAAAUCCACGAGGAGAAAAAGGCGUAUAAAUGUCCCCACUGCGACAAGAGCUUCUCUCAGCCUCAGGGUCUGAAGAACCACAAGGCCAUUCACUCGGACGAAAGAGCGUUCAAGUGCGACCAGUGCGAGAAAAGCUAUAGGUUCAACUCCAAUCUGGUGGCUCACAAAGCACAAACGCACUCCAAGCACAAGGUGUACGUGUGCGAGAUCUGCGAGCGCAUGUUCUACAACUCGGCCAGAAUGUGGGACCACAGACAGAGCCACAAGAAGAAGCAGAAGAAACGAAAAGACCCCGAGACAGAGGAAGACCCCGAGACAGAGGAAGACCCGGAGACAGAGGAAGACCCGGAGACGGAGAAAGAGACGGAGAAAGAGACGGAGAAAGAGACGGAGAAAGAGACGGAGAAAGAGACGGAGAAAGAGACGGAGAAAGAGACGGAGAAAGAGACGGAGAAAGAGACGGAGAAAGAGACGGAGAAAGAGACGGAGAAAGAGACGGAGAAUGACUCGGAGACGGAGAAUGACUCGGAGAUGGAGACGGAGAAAGAGAUGGAGACGGAGAAAGACUCGGAGACGGCGACAGCGAAAGAUUCUGAGACACAAGAAUGA